UCCUCAUUUUUCUCAUUGCGAUGUCUGAACUGCCUUGAGACCUCUCUCUCUGUAUUAAAGUACAGUUUAUCUGUAUAUAUAAAUAUAAACAUCGUCAAAUUUCAAUCCAGGAAAAAGUUAAGAGGAAUACAGAAAAAUCAAGAGAUAUGUCUUCACCAAGUAAACGCAGAGAAAUGGAUUUGAUGAAGCUGAUGAUGAGCGAUUAUAAAGUGGAGAUGAUCAAUGAUGGGAUGCAAGAGUUCUAUGUGGAAUUUCAUGGACCCAAAGAUAGCCCAUAUCAAGGUGGAGUGUGGAGGAUAAGGGUGGAACUUCCAGAUGCUUAUCCAUAUAGAUCUCCUUCCGUCGGUUUUGUCAACAAGAUAUACCAUCCAAAUGUUGAUGAAAUGUCAGGCUCAGUCUGUUUAGAUGUCAUCAAUCAGACUUGGAGCCCUAUGUUUGAUCUGGUAAACGUGUUUGAAGUCUUUCUUCCGCAACUUCUUCUAUACCCAAAUCCAUCUGAUCCUCUGAAUGGAGAGGCAGCAGCUCUAAUGAUGCGGGAUCGCAACGGUUAUGACCAAAGAGUUAAAGAAUAUUGCGAAAAAUAUGCCAAGGCUGAAGAUGCUGGAGCUGCACCUGAAGAGAAAUCCAGCGAGGAGGAGCUGACUGAAGAUGAGUAUGCGUCCAGUGAUGAAGAAGUUGCCGGGAAAGUCGACCCCUAGGGUCUGAAUUUGCAGUUCGAUUGGCUCUUAUCUGUACAUGAUAUGUUCCCUAUGUUAGUAAACCUUAACUACAAAGGAUGGUUCCUUUGCUUCGAAAAAUAUACGACUCUUCUUUCUUUUAUAAUGUACUCAGUGUUCCUUGGCACUUUAUUGGGUUGGGUAGAACAUGUUAACAUCCUGUGAUGCUAUAAUUUUCAGCAAAUAAUGGGUUAUUAGUCAA